AAUGAAAUCAAUGAAGUUCCUUUCUUUGAUGUCCAACUGCCUUAUGAGCUGGCACUGAAGAUAUUUCAGUACCUGGGCAAGGCUGAAUUGGGGAGAUGUGCUCAGGUCAGCAAGACAUGGAAAAUACUGGCAGAGGACGAAGUGUUGUGGUACCGGUUGUGCCAAGAGGAAGGAUACCUGUUGGAUAUGAGCAUCUCUGAACAUUCCUGUUGGAAACUUGCCCUCAAGAACUGCCAGGCCAGAGAGCGCACGUUGAAACACAACUGGAAGAACCGCAUUGGAGCUGUGAGCCAGCUGCGCUACGAGCUGGGGAAGAUCCUCUGUGACGUCGAUUCCUGCGAUGGAGUUGUUAUUGCUGGAUAUACAUCAGGAGAAGUGAGGUUGUGGGACACUCGCACCUGGGACUACACAGCCCCCAUCCUGGAACCAGUGCAUGGUCCUGGUGAUGCUGGACCUCCGCCACAUGUCUCCUUUGUGAGGAUAAACAGCUCUCUGGCUGUAGCAGCCUAUGAGGACGGAACCAUUAGCGUUUGGAACCUGAUGUUUGGGCGGGAGCCAAUCCAUCAUUACCAGCACAACCAGAGGACACAAGCUCUAGCUCUCGUUUCGGGGGGCACAGCCGUGGCCACGGCAUCUGGCUUUGAGGUCAAAGUGGAAAGCCCUGAUGACAGAGGAUUCUGGCAAACUACAGGAACAUUUGAAAUCCAGAAAUUGGUCAACUUCCUUAAUCUGGUUCCAGAUGUUACGGGGAGUCCAGUGGCAAUAGCAGCUGCAGAAGACAUUGUCUAUCUCCUGAAAGCAGAAGAUCCUGUCAAAGUUCUUCAUUCUGUCUAUGGUCAGCCUGUCACCUGUCUGGAUGUGUCUGCUAAAGAAGCAGCCUUUGGAGUCAAAACCUUUGGCUGGCUAUUGAAUGAGCCCAACCAGAUUCUUCUUUACAAUCUGGAAACAAAUCAGUGUCUAACGAAGGUGGGCAACUCCAUAGGUGACUUCACAUGUGUCAACCUCCACAACAGUCCUCCCAACAUGCUUGUUGCAGGCAAUAAAGACAGAAGGGUGAGGGUGUUCGACCUCCGCAGGAGUGAGUCUCUGUGCUCCCUCUAUGCCCACCAGUUAGGAGUGUCUGCAGUGCAGAUGGAUGACUGGAAGAUUGUCAGUGGAGGAGAAGAGGGCUUGGUCUGUGUGUGGGACCAGCGGAUGGGCACCAAGCUCUGGGAGAUGCACGCCAGACAUCCAGUCCGCCACGUGUGGUUUAAUUCCCACAGCCUCAUCACUGCAAACAUCCCUGAGGAGAAGAACCCUCGAGGCAGCAGCAUCACCGACGAUGACCUCACCGUGCACCGCAAGUACCGAGGAAUCAUUUACUGCUAUGAGUUCUCAGUGGACCAGCUGGCUGUGGAGAGUGUUCUCCCCAUCUGCCGCUCCUCCUAUGACGAAGUGACCGGAUACAACUACAAUAUUGGCCUUGCAGUCCCCUACGAUAACAUUUAG